UUCAUUAUAAAUUAAAUUUAACUAUGGAUACUCUAAAAAUUGGUUGUUUAUUGCAAGGAAAUUUUUUGGCAAAACUUCCAUGUUAUCCACACGAACAAAGAAAUAAGCCUAAUAUUCAACACGCUCCUAUCCGUUCUGUUCCUUUAAAUAAAGAGGAAAUUAAAUUAGCCGUUAAAAAUAUUCUUCGUUAUGUGCCAAGCCGUUUUCAUAAAGAAUUGGCCGGUGAAUUUCUGGAAGAGCUUAAAACUUAUGGGCAUAUUUAUGCUUAUAGGUUUAUGCCUAAUUUUGAUAUUAAAGCUCCUCCGAUCGAUCAAAUUAAAUGCAGCAAUCGACAAGCUGCAGCAAUUGUUUUGAUGAUUUUAAAUAAUUUAGAUCCAGAUAUAGCACAAUUUCCACAGGAAUUGGUUACUUAUGGAGGUAAUGGACAAGUAUUUUCAAAUUGGAUUCAAUUUCGUUUAACUUUGAGAUAUUUGGGUGAAAUGGAUGAAAAUCAAACAUUGAUUAUGAAUUCUGGACAUCCACAAGGACUUUUUCCUUCACAUGCAGAUGCUCCAAGAAUGGUGAUCAGUAAUGGAAUGAUGAUCCCAAAUUACUCGACUAAAGAGCUUUAUGAUAAAUAUUUUGCAUUAGGUGUUACAAUGUAUGGACAAAUGACAGCUGGAAGUUUUUGUUAUAUUGGCCCUCAGGGUAUUGUUCAUGGCACUACUAUUACCCUAAUGAAUGCUAUACAAAAAUAUUUGGGUAGAGGAACAAGUCCUUCUGGGAAAGUAUUUGUUACUUCUGGCCUAGGGGGGAUGAGUGGUGCUCAAGCAAAGGCUGCAGUAAUUGCUGGAUGUAUUGGAGUAAUUGCUGAAAUAAAUGAAAAAGCAAUUAAAAAGAGGCAUUCACAAGGAUGGCUUGACAUUUACAGUUCGGAUUUGGAAGAAAUUAUUUGUUGGAUUAAGCAAAAUAAAGCUGAAGAGAAGUCUUUAAGUAUUGGUUAUCUGGGCAAUGUCGUAGACCUUUGGGAACGCUUAGUUGCAGAACCAGAAGGAACAAUUCUUGUUGAAUUAGGUUCUGAUCAGACUUCAUGUCACAAUCCCUUUGGUGGAGGAUAUUAUCCAACUGGUUUAACAUACGAAGAAUCAAAUAAACUUUUAGCUGAAGAUAAACCUAAAUUUAUUGAACUUGUUCAAAAAAGCCUUCUUCGGCAGAUAAAUGCAAUAAAUAAUCUAUGUAAACGUGGAAUGCACUUUUGGGAUUAUGGAAAUGCCUUUCUUAUCGAAUGUCAUAGGGCAGGUGCCAAUAUAUUAAGAGACGAUGCAAAGGAUGACAAAUCGUUCAUAUUCCCUAGUUAUAUGCAAGACAUUAUGGGAGAUAUUUUCUCGCUUGGAUUUGGACCAUUCCGUUGGGUUUGUUCCUCUGGUGAUUAUGAAGACUUGAAAAUUACUGAUCAGAUAGCUAUUGAAUUACUUGAAAAACUUAUAAAUUCAACCGAAAGUGAAUUAGUUCGAGAACAGUACAGAAAUAAUUUGGAAUGGGUGAAAAAUGCAGAUGGACAUAAUUUAGUGGUUGGAAGUCAAGCAAGGAUUUUAUAUUCCGAUUUACGUGGACGAAUUGGAUUAGCUAGUGCAUUUAAUGCUGCAGUUAGUCAAGGCAAGUUAAAGGGCCCAAUAAUUAUUAGUCGAGAUCAUCAUGAUGUUGGAAGUGUGGAUAGCCCUUUCCGUGAAACGAGUAAUAUCGAAGAUGGAUCAGCCUAUACCGCAGAUAUGGCAAUACAAAAUGCAAUAGGCAUUUCCUUUCGAGGAGCUACAUGGCUGGCUAUUCAUAAUGGUGGUGGUGUUGGUUGGGGAGAUGUUAUCAACGGAGGGUUUGGGAUGUUAAUUGAUGGAAGUAUUGAAGUGGAAAGACGUUUAAAUCAAAUGCUUCAUUGGGAUGUGACUAAUGGAAUAACUAGACGUUGUUGGUCAGGAAAUUUAAAUGCUAAUGAGACUAUCAAAAAAGCUAUGGAGAUGGAUAGUCGAUUGAAGGUUACAUUGCCGAAUCAGACAGACGAUGUUGAUCUUGAUGAAAUAAAUUUUUUAAUUUGA